UGAGUGUGUGAAACAGAAGAGCAGGCAUGCUUCACACCAAGAGCUACUCCUCUGAAACCAGCAGCCAGGCACCAUAUGAAACACCAGCACUAUCUGACCUUCAGAAGCUGUUCUGGUUCAGAGGAGGGUCUGACAAUCAUUUGGACCAAGUCUGGCCAAACCUAUUCCUGGGAGACGCAUGGGCUGCUAGAAGUAAAGCAACUCUUCAAAACCUCAAUAUUACUCACAUCCUUAAUGCAGCAGAUGGGCCAUACAGUAUCAAUACAGGAGCCAGAUAUUACAAAGAUCUGCAAGUAGCGUACCAUGGAGUAGAAGCAUUCGAUGACCCUUCCUUUGAUUUAAGUAUAUUUUUCUAUGAUGCCGCUAAUUUCAUACACAAAGCCUUACAAACACCAGGAGGUAAAGUGUUCGUUCACUGUGCCAUGGGGAUAAGCCGCUCUGCAUCUUUAGUGCUCGCUUUUUUAAUGAUCCAUGAAAACAUGACGCUUGUGGAGGCUUUAAAAAUGGUGAAUUCUCACAGAGAGAUCUGCCCAAAUACAGGAUUUCUGCGCCAGCUCCGAGACCUGGACAUCAAAUUAAAUGAAGAGAGGAAAGAAGUUAGAGAAUCUGCCAGCAAAGAACCAUAAUACAGAACUGUACAGAGAGUGGAUGCAACACAUUCAGUAUUUCCUGAAUCUCUUUUAAAAUGAAUUAUGUUUUCUAAG